AUGGCAGUUGAUCAACUUCCCAUCCGCCUUGUGGUGAAUGAGCGAGAGUAUGAGUUGCUGGGCGGACUCCUGGCGAGACAGUCGUCAAGAGCACGGGGCAUCAGAAAGGGCGAAUUGGACGAGGGCGGUUCAAAUCCCGUUUCUUUCCAGGACAACCACAGAGCAGCUGCUUUUCGCUCUGCAUCGCGAGUGUUUAUUGUCACCUAUGGCUCUCUCAAACUCCUCGGCGCGAUCUUAGACCGGCUUGCCGCACGCAGAUCGCCAACCGCGACUGGCUCGAGAAAACCCAUCGUGGCGUCACAUUCGAGAAUGGCUCUGUCAUUGUCAUCACUCCUGUUCUUUCACGCAACACUUUAUCGCAUCUUUGCCAGACUAAGGCUUCAGCUCCUGCAUGAGAAGGUGCGGGGGAUCCGAGAGCGGUAUCCACGGAUCUACGCGACACUUACCUCCCGAAUCACCCCAGCUCUUGGAGCCAGUUUGUCGGGUUUCGCUCUGGGCAUCUGUCCCGCGGACCAGCUCCGAAUCACGAUUGCAAUCUAUGUGGGCUGUCGAGCACUCGAAAUCGGAUACACGGCCAUUGAGCAGACGGCAUUGAUCAAGAACAAACCGUCGUGGCUGGGGAGUUGGCUGUUAUUUGCUCUCGCGCAGGGCCAACUGUUCCACGCGUUUGUGUUCGAUCGCGAUUGUUUCCCCGAGGCAUACGGUUCAUUCAUUCUUGGAUACACUCCGGAAUAUAUUCAGCGUCGACCGGCGAACCUCUCACCCAAGGUUAUAUGGCCAACACCGGGUAACAUCCUGGAUGCCCUUGCACGCAUGGCACGAUUAAGAUGGCCCAGCUUUGUUUCGCCAAUCCUGCAUCCGAACGACCCAAAGACGCUGCCAGCGGGCAUUGAUCCCGUCGUUUCACCCAUCACCUCACGAGCACACCCGGGCAUCCAGCAUUUGUCGUGUGCACUCAUCCACCCUUCGGACCCGUCAUGCUUCAUGGCAUACAUUCGGCACAUGCUGAUUUCAUUCCCGCAACUGGCGAAGUUCUUUACCGAGUACUACGGAGCGCUGGCAUUGCUGCGGCUGAGGAAGAUGAUCAAAGCACCACUGGCGUCGCUCAACGCGUUAUCCGAAGCUGUUUUGAGGUCCACAAUAGCUGUGUCGGGGUCGAUUGGGGCAGCCUGGGGAAGCAUUUGUUUGUUCCAGGCCAUCUUACCUCGCUCAUUUCUACCACAACUCCGAUUCUUCCUCGGGGGAUUUUUGGGCGGCAUGUUCCAAGUUUUUGACCAAACGGGAGCCGGGCAUGCCAAUUCUUUAUAUGCUGCGCGAACAAGUGUUGAUUCCCUAUGGAAAGUGGGGGUCAAACGCCGAUGGUGGAAGGGCAUUCGAGGAGGCGACGUGUGCGUGUUUGUUGCCUCGUUGGCACUUGUCAAUGUGAUAUAUGAUUUGGGGAAAGAGACUGCAGCGGGGCAGGAUCGAGCGAUGAUGUUGAUCAAGGUGCUGAGGGGAGAGGCUGAGCUUGGGCUACGGAAGAAAAAGGAGAAGGCACGAUGA